AUGGCCCUCGAAACCUGGCUCAUCAAGGUCAAAACGGCGCUGUCGCACAGCCUCACGAAGAAACCGUCGUUUUCAUCGUCGAAGCCAAAACACGUUGCCGUUUUGUCAUUCGAGAUCGCGAACGUGAUGUCCAAGCUCCUCCACCUCUGGCAGUCCCUCUCCGACGCCAACGUCGUUCGCCUCCGAAACGACGCCGUCACGCUGGAAGGCGUGCGCAAGCUCAUCUCCAACGACGAGUCUUUUCUUCUAAGCCUCGCCGUGGCCGAGUUCGCUGACUCGCUCCGACUCGUCGCCGACUCGGUCUCCCGACUGAGCAACAACUGCCACGACCCUUCUCUCCGAUCCUUCCACCGAGUCUUCACCGAGUUCGCCAACUCGGGCCUCGACCCGCACGCAUGGACCCUCACCACCCCCAAAGACAUCGAAACCAAACACAGAAAGUUGCAACAUUACGUGACUCUCACGGCAACGCUUCACAAAGAAAUCGACGCUCUCACUCUCCUCGAAAGCGCGUUCAAAAAAGCGGUUCUCAACGCUGACAACGCCGCCACCGAACCCUCUUCCUCUCACAAAAAACUCAGCGAUCUUCAGCAGAAGAUUUUCUGGCAGAAACAAGAGGUGAAGAACUUGAAGGAACGUUCGUUAUGGAACAAAAACUUCGAUGGCGUUGUUCUGUUGUUAGCAAGGUUCGUUUUCACUGUGUUAGCGCGGAUUAAGGUUGUCUUCGGAAUCGGACACAGUAGUGUUCCCUUUUUGUCGCGUAGUUUGUCUUCCGUUUAUCCCUCUGAUCACCAAAACCCUAUUUCCAAUUCUUGUUCCUUUGUUUCUGGGCCAUUGAAAAGCACAAAACUUGGUGAGGAAAAUGAGGAUUUGGGAAAUGGGUUUUUUGAGUCUAAUUGCAAGGUGUUGAAGUUGAAGGGUAAUGGUGAUAGUGAUACUUUGGGUGCUUCAGCUUUGGCCUUGCACUAUGCAAACUUGGUGAUGGUGUUGGAGAAGAUGGUAAAGUCACCCCAGUUGGUUGGGGUGGAUGCUAGGGAUGAUUUGUAUGGGAUGUUGCCAAGUAGCAUAAGGUCAUCUUUGAGGGCAAGGUUGAGAGGGGUGGGAUUUUCUGCAUGUGAUGAUCAUGUGCUGGCUGGAGAAUGGAGAGAUGCAUUGGGGAGGAUUCUGGGUUGGUUGGCACCUUUGGCACAUAACAUGAUCAAGUGGCACAGUGAGAGGAGCUAUGAGCAGCAAAACUUGGUACCAAAGACAAAUGUGUUGUUGUUGCAGACUUUGUUCUUUGCAAACAAGGAGAAGACAGAAGCUGCCAUCACUGAGCUGCUUGUGGGGUUGAACUAUGUUUGGAGGUUUGAGAGGGAAAUGACAGCUAAGGCAUUGUUUGAAUGUACCAAAUUUAAUAAUGGCUUCUUAAGCUUGCCCAAGCCCAGCUAA